GCAAAGUUUCCUCGAUGGCGCUGGUGAUGGAGCCGGUGAGCAAAUGGAGCACGAGCCAGGUGGUGGACUGGAUGAAAGGUCUGGACGACUGCCUGCAGCAGUACGUGGGCGUGUUCGAGCGCGGCGGCGUGUGCGGCGAGAGGCUGCUGAGGAUCAGCCACGCCGAGCUGGAGGAGCUGGGCGUCUCUCGCAUCGGACACCAGGAGCUCAUCCUGGAGGCCGUGGACCUGCUCUGCGCUCUGAACUCGGGCCUGGAGACGGAGAGCGUCCGGACUCUGGCCCACAAGCUCGGCGCCUCGGCCAAAAACCUGCAGAACUUCAUAUCCGGCCGGCGCCGCAGCAGCCAAUCGGAGAGCAGGACCUCUCGGCGGCUCCCCAACGACCUGCUGACCUCCGUGGUCGACCUCAUCACCGCCGCCAAGAGCCUGCUGGCCUGGCUGGACAGGUCUCCCUUUGCUGCAGUGGCAGACUACUCAGUCACCCGAAAUAAUGUCAUCCAGCUCUGCCUGGAGCUCACCACCAUCGUACAGCAGGACUGUACGGUGUUUGAGACGGAGAACAAAAUCCUUCAUGUGUGCAAGACUCUGUCGGAGGUGUGCGAGCACAUUGUGUGUGUGUCGUCCGACCCGCUGGUUUCUCAGUCGGCGCACCUGGAGCUGGUCCACCUCACCAACAUCAAACCCUCUGAAGGCCUGGGAAUGUAUAUCAAGUCGACCUACGACGGCCUCCACGUGAUCACAGGAACCACCGAAGGGUCGCCGGCGGACCGCUGCAAGAAGAUCCACGCAGGAGAUGAAGUCAUACAAGUCAACCACCAGACUGUGGUGGGCUGGCAGUUGCGUAACCUGGUGGGCUCGCUGAGGGCCGAUAAAGGCGUCGUGUCCCUGACCCUGAAGAAGCGUCCGCAGAGCACGCUCAGCUCCGCCCCGGCGCUGCUGAAGAACAUGCGCUGGAAGCCCCUCGCUCUGCAGCCAACCAGAAGCCCGGGCAGCAGCUCGGCCACGCCCACAGGCACGCCCACCAAGAGCUCCGCCAUCGAGGACCUUUACAUCCCCCCGCCGCCCGCCGAGCCAUACACACCCAGAGACGAGACGGGAACCCUGCCGGGAGACGAGGGCGGGCGCAGCCACGGCGGCGUCAGCGUCGCUAAACGCUCCGAGUCGCCGAAUUCCUUCCUGGAUCAAGAGUCCCACCGGCGAGAAGAGGAGGAGCCUGUGUACUGCACCACGCCCACAUAUGGCCGGCUGAGGCCCAUCUCUAUGCCUGUGGACUGCAGCUGGGUGGGCGACUACGAAGAUCCAGCCAAGCUGAACAGGGAAAGCCGCAGAGAGGCCUCCCUGAUGCGUUACGUGGGACCGUCCGGCGUGAACGAGAGGACCGCCUCCGACGACUACUCCUCCCACACGGCCCGCCCGGGGAAACGGACCAAUGACACGGCCAAACGCGCCAAGAGGCGGAGCCACCACAGCCAAAGCCCCUCCCACUACGUCCUCCAGACCAAUCAGAGGGAAUCUCCGCCGAGAGACCCCGCCUCCAUUUAUCACACAUACCAACAGUCCUCCUCUCUGCAGUCAAAGAACAGGAAGAAGAAUAGAGGGAGAAGUCUGGCCUCCCUGAGCCGGAGGCGUGUUUCCUGCAAGGCGCUGGGCAGAGGAGACUGCGAGGGCUGGCUGUGGAGGAAGAGAGAUGCCAAGGGUUAUUUCUCUCAGAAGUGGAAGAAGUACUGGUUUGUUCUCAAGGACAACUGCCUGUACUGGUACAUCAACGAGGAGGAUGAGAAGGCGGAGGGCUUCGUCAGUCUCCCCGAGUUUAAGAUCGACCGGGCCAGCGAAUGUCGCAAGAAGUAUGCUUUCAAAGCGUGUCACCCCAAGGUCAAGAGCUUCUACUUCGCAGCAGAUGGAGUGGAUGACAUGAACAGAUGGCUGAGUCGCCUCAACAUGGCCGCCGUGGGCUACGCGGAGCGGGAGAGGAUCCGCCAGGAGCAAGAUUACUGGAGUGAGAGCGAACAUGAGGAGGACACCACCUCCAGCCCCAAACAGGACAGUCCCCCACCUCCAUACGAUACCUACCCACGGCCUCCAUCAAUGACUGCCUACCUGGAGGGCCGGACCACUCGACUGUCUUCCACGGAGACGUCCCGCUCCCGCUCCUCCCAGGAGGACUUCCUCUGCGGCGAGGCCCCCGCGGUGGUGUCCGCGGAGCCGCAGUACCACCCCGGCCCUCUCGGGGGCGGCGGCACCAUGCACAGCGGCAGGAAAUCGGGGGACAGCAGCAGCAGCGACGUGCAGUACAGAUGUGACGCCAUAGAGUACCGGUCCAGUCCCGCAGGGGGCAGCAGUGAGACGGGGUCUCCGGGCCGCUCUUCCUCGUCUCAGAGACGUUCCUGGCAGGACCUGAUUGAGACGCCGCUGACGGAGUCCGGACUGCACUACCUGCAGACCGGACCGCUCGAGGAUGCCGUCUUCGCCGAGCCGGGUCCGGGCGGCGGCGGCGGCUACAUGAUGGCCGGAGCCGUGUACACUCUGCCCGCACAGAGGAACUUCCCGUUGCCCGUGGCGAUGCAGAGGCUGAUUCCCAUGACAACCCAGGGAGGGAAACCCCGCAGCUUCACGCUGCCGCGAGACAGCAACCUGCACACGCUGCUCUCGGCGCCCGCCAAGCAAGAAGCGCCGACGCACAACGGCGGCAGCGAGGGCGCCUCCCUGGGCGACCUGUUCCGCGCCUGCGAGCAGGGCGGCGUGUGCCCUCUGGGUCGCGGGUCGGACGCCAAAGGUCAGUCCGAGUGCAGGCAGUCGUUCCUCCGGCGGGCCGCCGACCCGCAGCUCAACGAGCGCCUGCACCGCCUGCGCAUACUGACGUCCACGCUGAAGGACAGGGAGGGGGAGCUAGCGCUGAUUGACAGGCUGCUGGCCAAUCCCCUGCUGUCGUCGGCAGAGUUCCAGGAGUGGAAAAGAGCCUAUCAGGAGCUGUUCUCUCAGGAGCCAGACUCCACCGCCGAAUCAGACCCCGGCCCGCCCCUCACCCCCUCGCUCUUGCACACGCACUCCUACAUCGAGACCCACGUCUGACAAGUGCAACACACACACACACACACACAUACUUGCUCUCGUCUUCUGGUUCCGGGGGAAGGGAGUCGAUCAAACAGCAGUUUUUCUGAUGGACUUGAGAUCCGUGACGGUUCGGCUCCACGUUGUCCCGACGGAGACGCCCUCACGUCACAUCGAUCUACGAGCUGAUUGGUUCUGCCACUCCGGCUGGCUCAGGGGGCGGACGGUUAACUGAACCCUCUUCCGUAUUACCCGUCAGCUUCUAGGACCUUCGAAGGACUUGCAGUACUUCCGGACGACUUUUCUCGAGGACGGAAGACCUCCGAGUCGUAUCGCCGUCACGCCGCCGUAUCUCACCCUGCUUGUGGUUAUACCGACUGCUGUGUUCUCGUAGACGUACGUUGUAUUCUAUCAAGCCUUAUACAAGAUGGUAUCUCCUGUACAGUGAGUGUUACGGCAACAGAACAAAUAGCACACCUUUUAUCGUCUCAGUUUCUAGUUAGAGAGACUUUAGUUAGUUCUGGUUUGGUAGAGUUACGUACUGGACCGUGCUGGACUGGACCUGAAUCAUGUGCACUCACCUCCUGGGAUUUGAAAAGGAGAAGUCCACCCUAAAAAUCCUGUUAACACUAUUCUCUCCUCACGAUGUCACUUCACGGUCGCUGUCGGUAUGACUUUAGCGAGACUUGUCCCCGAAUAUUAGCGUUGAUAUCAAUCAGAUGCCUCUAUUGGAGCUCAUUCAUUCAAUUUGAGACCGAAGUGUUUCCUUUAAGUCCCUUUGGCGGAAACAUGAAACAUCUUCAGUUUCUAUGCUAUAAUGCACAGCCUUUUAUAUCUGCAUAGAGAUGCUGUAAUAUCGUCAGAUUGCACUGCCCAAUCUCAUGGCUCCGUCACAUUUCUUUAUAAUCCUUCUGGUAAAAAUACACAAGUGCCCAUAUGUACAUUUGAAGAGUUCAUCUAGUCCAUAACAGCCACGAAGAAAUACAUCAGAUAAUCUGCCUAGUGACUGGGAUCUGCUCCACAAAGACAAUCAAUCAAUCGUGUUCCUUUGCGGAGGUUUUGAGAAGGGCACUUGAAGAGUUCAGUCCGAGUGCCCUAUCUCGAAAUGUCAAUGAACGUGACUCGAAACCUUUUGGUGGUUUCCUCCGUGGGUUUUGAUACACCCUUCCACCAAGUUUCAUAAACAUAGGUCCAGCAGUUUUCCCGUAAUCCUGCUCACAAUCAGACAAAUAAACGGGAAACAUAACCUUUUUCGGCGGGGUUAAUAAUUUCAGUGUAAGAGAAAGACGAAGAUCCACAGUCCUCUUUCUGCAGAAUUGCAAUUUUGUACUCAUGCAUGCAACUUAAAUGCAGUAUUUGAACCAAUACAUCCUUCCUGAUCUGUCACAAAGGGCCUGUUGGGUUCAAAUGAAGGGCUGAGGUCCUCCAACUCUCCCCCAUUUGGUUUUGAGAUGUUUUUCCGGAGUGUAGACGAGAAGUUACACACAAGAAAAAUAUCUAGAUAUUUUCUUCUGAACUUGUUUGAAUUUGUCUUUUUUUGGAUUUUCCCGAGGCUUUAACAGUUAACCUCACUUUAAAAGAGCUUCGAACACCCACAACGGUGUUUCCAGUUAAUCUGGUGGAUUAGAACUCUUCAGUGUAAUUGAUUGGCAUCUUCCUGAUCCGAUGCACCUGUCAGGGCGGGACCACUUACACCUUCAUCAUUCUUAUUGGUCGAUGGAGGUUGGUGAGCUUGUGAAUUCCCAUCCAAUCUAAAACAAGAUAUAAUCGACUGAAAACACCUGAGUGGGUGUUCAUAGGCUUCAGCAUUUGGGAUUAAAUUAAAGUAAUUAAUUAAUUAAAGUAUAAUGCGCAAG